CAGAUGAGAUAUCAGGUAGAUAGGUGUUAUGGUAGCUGUGAGGCGUCUGCUGUAACACACACGAGACAUGUUGAAGCUGUCCUGUAGAAGUCUCGUCCCCAGGAGAUGCGUGACUGGGGUGGUGCGGUUCUUCACAGUGGGGGAGACGGGUACUGGCGGUGCCCCUCCCAUCACCAAGGUGUCCCUGAGUAAACCAGUGUCUUGGCUGCCCCAACCUGUGUAUGCCACAGCGUCCACCACUCCCUCGGCUACAAAAGUUACCACAUUAGAGAAUGGACUUCGUGUUGCUUCAGAACCCAAAUUUGGAAAUUUUUGCACCGUUGGAGUUGUGGUUGACAGUGGCAGCAGGUAUGAGGUGGCUUAUCCAAGUGGAAUCUCUCAUUUUCUAGAGAAAUUAUCUUUUGGGAGUACAAAGAACCUGUCGCGGGAGCAGAUUAUGACCACUUUCGAGAAACUUGGAGGAAUUUGCGAUUGUCAGUCGUCGAGGGACACCUUCAUAUACGCAGCUUCGGUAGAGUCCAAAGGCAUGAUAGACGCUCUGGAGGUUCUCUCUGAGGUCAUCCUGAGGCCUCAGCUGCUUCAGGAGGAGAUUACAGAUGCACGUAUGGCGGUGACCUUUGACCUCGAGGACCUGCAGCUACGCCCAGAGAAGGACACACUACUGAUGGAGAUGAUACAUGCGGCAGCCUUCAGAGACAACACCUUGGGCCUGCCGAAGAUCUGCCCGCCGGAAAAUGUCAUGAAGAUUGAUCGGCCGACUCUAUUUUCCUAUCUCAAACACCACCACACUCCCUCCCGCUUGGUAUUGGCUGGUGUUGGGGUGGAUCAUGAUGCCCUCGUGGAAUGUGCUCAAAAGUAUUUUGUGGAGCGUCCGGCCAUCUGGGAGGAAGACACCAGCUUGGUGGGGGGCCGCAAUGAUGUUGACCAUUCUGUGUCACAGUACACUGGUGGAAUAAUUAGGGAAGAAGCCGAUCUUUCCGAUGUAUCCUUGGGCCCAAACCCUCUACCAGAGUUGGCUCAUCUGGUGAUUGGUCUAGAGUCUGUAAGUCAUCAGCACGACGACUUUGUUACAUCAUGCGUCCUCAACAUGAUGAUGGGUGGAGGUGGCAGCUUUAGUGCGGGAGGUCCUGGGAAGGGCAUGUACACCCGCUUAUAUACUAAUGUUCUUAACAGGUAUCACUGGAUGCACAAUGCCACCGCCUACAACCAUGCCUAUUGUGACAGCGGCCUCUUCUGCAUACAUGCCUCGGCUCACCCCUCUCACCUGGGAGAGCUCACUCAGGUCCUCACUAGAGAGUUUGCUGCUAUGGCUGGCCAAAUGAGCAGAGAGGAGUUAGAGAGAGCAAAAAUACAGCUACAGUCAAUGUUACUGAUGAACCUGGAGAGCCGGCCGGUGGUGUUUGAGGACAUCGGGCGACAAGUGUUGGCUACAGGCAAGAGACUUCAACCUCAGCACUUUAUGGAACUCAUCAAAAAAGUCAGUGCCGACGAUAUAGUGAGAGUAGCCGGGCAAAUGCUCCGUAGUAAACCAGCGGUUGCAGCUCUCGGAACCCUCAGCCGUUUAACUACCUUGCCUGACAUAGAAGGCGCUCUAUUACACAGGAACGGACAGUUACCAUCCAGGAAGAAAUUUACCCUAUUCCGAUAGUUAAUUAGUGCUAUUUAAAUUUAUAAUCAAAAUACUUAAUAGACUGAAUAUUUUUUUAAUAGAUUUUGUGAUGUACAGACAUUGACAUUGACUCGUGGUACAGUACAAGACUCUUUCAUUAAGACUCCACAGUGAAUGAGUCAGUUUGAUCAGUUUUAUAUUAUUGUAGUGUACUGCUAAAAAACUACAAUUCUUUACAGCUUUUUUAAAUUCCAUAUUUAUGAUGAUGAAAUUGAUUUAAGGGUAUUUGAGUAUGUACACAUGUAUUGUCAUUUUUGUAUUUUGACUUAUCAGUUUAUAUUUAAUAUUUUACAGAAAUGAAAUUUUUAAUGCACUGGUUUGUUGUACUGUUUGUGGUCCAAAGGUUUAUUUAUUCUUUGGUUCUAAUUUUCUUCAAUUAUUUAUCUUGCAGUUGAUAAUGUUUCACUGUUCUGGACUUCAUCUUGUGGGUCACAGAGUUGUACCCAUGUGUUUUUGUCAUGUUUAAUGACUUGAAUUGCUCACUCAUUAUUAUCAAUGAGUUGUCGACAAAACUGGUUGGGAGAAGUGAAAUAUGGCUUCAAGUGUAGAGGUACAGAUCUCUGGGUGUACAACAUUGCUUGAUGUUUGGGGUCUUAUCGAAGUGCUUUUCAAGGAAUGCCCAUCAGUACAGCCUUGCAGAGUUGUGAUGAGAGUGGGGCAGCUGAAUUUGUAUUUUAAUGCUAACUUUCUAAGCAUCCAAUUUUAAAGUUACGUUCAGGAAAUAUGUGUAAGGGCAUGUCCAGUAGAGGAUUAAUUUUGUGGUUAAAAAAUUCUUUGCAUUUCCACCUCACUGUUCACUUCCAACAUACCAUUUUAAACAUUUGUCUCAAAAUUUUUAGGUAAAGAAUUUUUUUUUUAACCCAAUUUCCCUUUCAACAUAGUCUUUUCUUCAAUUAUAUUUUCAAGUCUAAUAUGAUUCAUCACAUUUUAUAUUUUUUUCCUGAAAUUUUGCUCUACAGGAAUUGUUAUGAUAGUUUUUAUAUAAUACAGAAUGGGUUAAAAAGUAAGAAAAUUGCUGUAUUGUUUUGCUGUGACUGGAAGCCUGGUAUUACUGUAACUGGAAGCCUUGUAAAAUAUUUGACAAAACAAACUCAGGAUUUGUACAGCUGUGGACAAUAUUCCCCGAACACUUGGCACCAUCUAACAUGUAAGUACAGUACUUGAGGAUCAUUAGUUGAGUGGGAUUGAAACUUAAUUUUUUUUUCAGGUUUUUCUUUGCAUUUAGGAUUUUUAUUUUUUUUUAUUUUGUAGUUCUGAAUGUGUGGUGGAAAGCAGCGUCUUUAGAUAUAAAUCAAUCAUGUACAUUAUGGCUCGGAGGUAGAUGCCAGAUAUUGCCAAGUGUUCGGGGAGUUUUGUCCUUGGCCGUACUACCGAAGGUGACAGAUGUAACUUGGUUCAGGGAUUGAUGUAUAUUUUUGUCCGUCAGCCGAUGAGUUUGCAGACAUCAAAAACAAGCUCUCAAAGCUUCAUUGAAAGUAAAUUCUAUAUAAGAUCCAAGUCUUUAUAGAUAAGUAUGAAAUUCCGAGGCAGAGUAAUGUACUGUAGAAGUAUUAACCCUUUGUGUAUGGGGAAGGGGGGAGGCUCUGUGCUGAGUAAAGUUGUCUGAUAUUAGCCAAAUAUAAUACUAAAAAUUGACUUACCAUAGUGAAGGGGUUAAAGCUUACUAAACUAAAAAAGCUUCAAUAUAUAAAUAUUGUAUUCAUGCGGGUCUGUCAUCUGUGGCGUCAUAUCUAGAGGGUCACUAAACACCUUGUAUAAAUUUGUCGUCAACCCACUGACACGACCUAACAAGAUAUUAGAAAUGACCGUAAAUAACACAAACCAGCAUAGUGCAUAAACUGGAUACAUGUAUGUGGAGGAAGGAAUCAUUGUUUUAGCCAUUAAAGAAAAUUAGUGGCAUUAAACAGUUUUAUAGUGUUUGUCUUAAUGUGCAGUAGUGUGGUCACUUACUGGUUAGGUUAUAAGGGUAUUGUAGGAUUUUAGUACAGGGAAAUACUGUAUUGUGAAUUUUGUUAUACAGUAUUGGGAAUUAAUGGCUUUGAUGUGGGUCGACACUGUUGUAAAGUGUUAAACCCCUUGUGUACAGGUCCCCUAUGAGCUGAAUAAAAUCCUCUGUUGUUAAGACUUUAAAGUUAUUAAAUGUUUUCUAACCAACCAUUUUUUGUAAAAGAAUCCUCCAAACAUCACAGUUUAAUAUAGGUGAUGUAUAAUUAAAUGCUCUUGUGGGUUAUCUGUUGUCUCCCCUGAUGGUAAUAAUGCUCAGAAUUUUCUUACAUUAAUAAUUGAAACUGAAAGCUCAACAUUGAUUGAAUCCAAGUCCAGUAUGUCUUAAUUAAGACCACAUGAUGGCUUGAGUGGGUGAACAUCAAAUGUGGUCUUAGGCGUCCAGUCAAUGAUGAUACCAAGUACAUUCACAUGUUCAGGUAAUGAUGACAACUCAUUCAUCCAUUCUUCCCAGAUCUUUUAUUUUUUUAUUUAUUUAUUUUUUUGUGAUGGGAAAGUAAAAUAUAUAUUUUUUUAUUAAUUCCAGUUGAUAAUGUUGGGGAUCUUGGUUAAUUAAUCAACCGGUAGACUUGCAUGGCUGAGAGUCACGUGCGCAGGUCUAGGCUCUGCUGUCUGAUGGUAUUUUAAGAUCAAUUCCUCAUGGUGUUCCUCCUUCCAGAUGGUAAGAUUUCAUAUGCAUAUGCAUAUGUAUUAUCUGCUCAAAGUUAUGGUUGAACCAUUUUUUUCAGUGGAAAAUAAUAAUUGAAUGUUAUGUGCAUGUGUUAUGUAUGUUGUGUAUAUGUAGCAAUCGCGGUGUAGUGAGUGUUCCACACAUACGUUUCCUUGGGGUAAGAUUGUACAGUCGCCCACAAAGGUCCUGUUGGUCCACGAACCCAAAGACUAAAGGCUUGUGAACCUGAAGCACUGAGGCAUUAUUCUGUCCAUAAAUGCUUCAAAUUCACGAGUCUGAAUCUUGGGGUUUGUGUUUCAAGAGGAUAGGUGACAAGACUUCUGUCUGUACUAUACACUUGGCCAGCUGUUACUUCUUAUCCUUGUUUCCUGAUAAUACUGUAUUCUGUUAUUCUACAGUUUCUUUAAGGUUACUUGGUCCAAUUCUGUGUUUUUUCUUAAGUACUAUAUGCUUCAACUUAUUCACUUUGUCUCCUUUACUGUCAUAAUUAGACCAAUUUUAGUAUGGAAGAAAGAGACAUUAUGAACUACAGGUUUGUGAUUGUUCUUCCUUGCACAAACUGAUCUCUUGAUGAUGGGAAAGCUCUUGCCAUCCUCAUAUUGAGGCUGUGAAGUUAUCAAAGAUGGUGUCUGUGCUGUGAGAUACAGUAUUUGUGCUGGAAUAUACCUUGGAAAGUGGUCAAUAUAAUAUUUUUGUGUACUGUGUGUCAUUCUUAUUAAUUUUUACUUUCUGUUGAAAAAUUAAUUGAAUCCAAUGUGAAUGUGAUUUUAUAAUCAGUUAACUUUAUGAGAAAUUACCUAUUAUACUGCAAAAUGUUUUUUUGGCACCUUCUUGUAAAUAUGUAAUAUAUCUUGUAAUAAAAUUUCAUGAGUAAC